CUGAAACACAAAGGCUCUCUUAACGGGCGUGGCUGACAUUCCUUAGUCUUUCUACACUCGUUAUUCCUUUCUUAACCUUACACAACCAUCUGAAACCAUAGCAAAGGGAAAUCACUGACUUUUGAUGUCAUGGGCGACUACGAGGAUCUGGGGGACUGUGACCCCAACAUACCCGAGGAGGGCCCGACAGCGCCCCCUCCUGGCUGGCUGGAUAACGUGACGGGGUAUGACCAGAAUGACGGCGAUGCGGAUGGGACUGAUAAGCUGUACCCCCCUCCACCAGCCUAUGUGCCUGUCCCAGAGAAUGACAGGAAUUCUGCUGUGCCCAAUGUCAGUGUGCCGGUGGUGUCAGAGGACAUAGCCAGGGAAGCGCUGAUGCAGUUCGCGGGGAAGAAGUGGACCCACAGCAGGAAGCCGGCCCAAGGCAUGAUCUUUAAGGACCUGAGACCCUUCACCGUGUACCGCUACCGCUUGGAAACAUACACAGAGUCCCGGUCGAGCACCUGGGAGUGGGAGCCUUAUACAAACCAGUUUGUGGACGGGCCUCAGUUCGGCCUGAGCCCCCCUCCCUGGGACAUCCCGAUGGAGGUCCCCCCCAUGUACACAGACGUGUCCCUCAAGGUGCGCGUGCCCCAUUCCUCUUUUGUCAAGGUCUGUCACCAGUGUCAUGGCAGGGGCAAGGUGAAAUGCCGGAACUGCUUUGGCAGAGGAAAGACGAAGUGCCUGUCUUGCUCCGGUAAUGGCCGGAAAGGAAAACGGCGAUGCUCUACGUGUAGUGGUUCAGGAAGACGACGAUGUAUCCAGUGCUUCGGAAAAGGUCAUAAAACUUGCAAGUCCUGCCUCGGACACCAAAACCUGCUGCACUUCAUCCAGCUGACUGUCACAUGGAAGAACCAGGUGCAUGCCUUCAUCCCGGAUCGGUACCCAGAAUUCCCCAUAAAGAAGUUUGAGAAGGUGUCCGGGGACGCGUUUUUUGUGGACGAAAGCAUUCUGGUGUACCCCAUCGUGGGUUUCCCUGACCAGAAUAUCUGUGACAUGUCCAGGAAGAUGACUGAGGAGCACUUGUGCAAGUUCUCCUCUGUCAGCAGAAUCCUUCAGCAGCGCCAGAGUAUUGAACUGGUCCCUCUCACACACGCCUUCUACACCUACAAAGGAAAGGACUACAACUACUUUGUCUACGGUUUAGAAAACAAGGUUUACUCUCCAAAUUAUCCAUCCAGUUGCUCUAUUUUGUAAUAACUGGGGAUACUUCUUUGAGUACAUCACAGACGUUAAUGUAAAUUUCUCUUCUUUUUCUUCCUUAUUUUUGUCACACAUUAUGUUCUUUCGGUACUAUUCUGUCUAUUUACUAUGUACUAUUUUCAGAUUCAAUUAUUUUUUUAAACAUUAAUUGACUGUACUUUUACAUUUUGAAAAAGAAAUCACUGUCUCCUAAAAAAUUAAGGCAGGCAUCUGCAUUAAUCCGAGUAAUUUCUACUUCAGGUAUUAUAAAUCAAUGUGAGACUUACAUAGCUAGUUAAGUACGUCAAAUGUGGGUUUCCUCCAUAUUUAAAAGCUGAAUUACAUUGAAACUACUUCAAUAAAUUCAACACCAAAAAUGGCACCAGGCCAGAGUGAGUUUAAGUUUUAAGUUGAGAACAGUGCGGUAUCAUGAACUCAAAAGCAUUUUCUGACAUUUACCAGAUUGAAUCACUUCUCAGCAUUGACCCGUAAUAUAAAGUAAGUGCAUUUCUUAGAAAAUAAAUAGAAGUAAAUGUUUUAUUUCCUGAGCACUACAUACUUGUUGAGAUCUCACCUUUUACAAUAUGUACUGGUUAUAGGGUGUUAUAAAAGCAAAAAAAAAAAUGUAUUUCUAACUUCAUCUUGGUUAUCCCGUAUGGCAUUUGUGACUGAUGACAUCAUAUGAUUAUACAUUAAAAGAGAUAAAUUACAAUUGCUGAAAAUAACAAUUUAGAAAUUACUAAAUGUUAUUCUAAUGAAGGUAAAAAACUGCUUUUACUUGCAUUGUUAUCCCAUUUUAUUUUUUCUAAAUGGGAAUUACUUAUUGGUCACUGACCCAUAUACCAUAUAUUUGAAAGAGUUAAAACUCUAUCUGUAUUUCCUUAUAUCUAGCUCGAGUUUAGUCUGGCAAUGAUAGGCUCAUUGCAUUUUCUUAAUAAUGCCCAAAGUAGAAAUGACUCAAAAAGCUCAAUGCAAAUUCCUGCAGAAAUGCAAGGACUUGUACAAUAGUAAAAGUAAACGCACACUAUUUUAGAGUGUACCUAUCUCUAACGCAAUGGAAUUGUGUUUUGUAUGUUUUCAUAUUUGUAAUAUAAUAAAGUAAACUUUGACCUCA